AUGCUAACCCCUAUCUUACACCGAUGUGGUUUUAUCUUUCCGUCCAUAUGCACUCGCACUUUAAGGUCUACAACCCAUAUUUCUCCCUCUACUAAAUCAAUAAAUCCCUUGGGACCAUCUGUUAAUGCAGAUACUCUUGCAAGGGCUGCCAAUGAUGAAUUUAAUAGUCCUGAUCCGUCCAAAUAUUGUCAGAAUCUGAGGGUUGAAGAUACGGUCAAAAUUUUGCGAGAUUGGCUAUCAACACUUGAUGUAGAUCAACACUACCCCUCCCUACCUGAGGCAAAUAAUCUAGCCGCACUUGUUUCCCACAAUGAUUGUCUUCGGAAACUGGUUAAUCUCGGUGCUGAUUUAUCUAAAAUGGAAUCCCAACCAGGUGUUGCUAAUCUUCUAAUAAAAACAGAUUUCGAGGCAGCAAUAUCUCCAAAACUAUGGCUUCUUACAGAUUUUGGGUUUAAGCUUUCUCAAAUUUCACGGGUUAUGACAUACAUCCCAAAGACGAUAGUUAAAUCUUCUACUGAGGAGCUUGCCUCGAAAUUGAAAUAUUUUACAGAUCGACAGUUCACAUCAGAUGCCGUUGUUCACAUGGUUUCCGAUCAACCGACUAUCUUGGAAAUGUCAAGUUGUGAAGUGGAUUUAGUACUGGCCAGUAUAAUAAAAACGUUUUCACUGAUGGACGACCAGUUACGGCAUAUUGCAUUCGGAGCUCCAAAGUGUAUUGUUCAGCCAAUAAAGUCAACAAAAGAUGUUUUCGUUGUACUCACGAAAAUGUUGGGCUUUCCUCCAGCCCAAACUAGAGAAAUGCUAAUUGAUUAUCCACGUCUAAUUCUAUCAAGCAAGUUUGUAUUUUUCACUUUUUUUCUCCAAACAUUUAUUUAUAAUAGUUAUUUACACAUUUUAGGCAAUCGUGUGUUAUCCACCAAUGCGUUCCAUCUCCACAAGCGUCUUGAAUUGCCGUUUGAACUCAUUGCGUUGUUUCCAAGGUCUCUUUGUGCGCCUCCAAGAGUCCUUAUGGAGAGGACAAAUUUUCUCAAAUUAUGCAAUCGCUUUCAACCCUAUGGUUCGAAACCCCUGUUUACAUCACUGGACGCGAUUGUUGAGGGAACAGAUGAGGAGUUCUUUAUUCCCAAGAUCCGAACUUCCCUCAAGUACAACGAUGUCGUUAAGUCAGAAAAGUUUAUCACUCCAUUCCGCGUUUCUCAUGAAUACAUGCUCACCAACGAAGAUACAAAGUCCCUUACGAGGUACUAUAGUCGCAGUCCGUAUACAUGGGAGGUUCGGACACAGGUUUUCGAUCGGAACGAGGUGGAGCAAAUGGCUCUUAUGAAGUAUGGUGGUCAAGAGGGCCUUGCCGCCUUUCGUCGAAAAGUCAGAGAAGCUGAAAGCCAGAAUGUGAGUCUAAUAGACAGACUCACCCGGCGGAAAACAAACAAUGAUGUAAUUGCAAAUGAAUUUGCCGACUCAAGUGCUGGUCACAAUCGUAAUAUGAUGCCAUUUUCGUGGAACAGCGGGGCUGGCAGAGUGGUUAUGGCGGCUAUUAUUGUCAACAUUUUGAAUGUGGGCGCGAAAGCUUGGGCUUGGUGGAUAACCGGUUCCAAGAGUAUGUUCUCUGAGAUGAUGCAUUCCGUAGCUGAUACACUGAAUCAGGUUAUCCUAGCAUAUGGUAUCCACUCUUCGUUACAGCGUCCCGAUACAAUCCAUCCGUAUGGCUACUCUCGAAUGCGUAGCAUCUCCUCUCUUAUCAGUGGUGUGGGUAUCUUCUUUCUUGGCGCUGGUUUCACCUGCUAUCACGCACUCCAGGGCAUGGUAAUGCCCAUCGAGGAUGAGCAUCUCUCCAUACAGUACGCACUUGGUGUCGCAGUGGGUUCCCUCCUUACUGAGGGUACUACACUGGCAAUGGCCUACCGGGAAGUGAGCACAAAGUCGAGAGAGAAUGGUUUCACCAGCAUUCGGUCCUACCUUCUUUCGGGUACAGCUGAACCCAGUACCGCGGUGGUCUUACUUGAAGACUCGGCUGCCGUGUUGGGGGUGAUUAUUGCUGGUGGUAGUUUGGCAGGAUCUUACAUGCUUCAGCAUCACAUGCCUGACACGGCUGGGGGUUUCUUAAUUAGUAUUCUCCUGGCUAGUGUUGCGGCAUUUAUUAUUCGGACAAAUACGGAUAUCCUCCUGGGAAAAUCUGUCUCGGGGGAGAAGAUGGUGAGAAUAAUGCAGCACAUUGACAGACACAAGAUUGUUAGAGGCACCUACGAUACUAAAGCAGUAUUGAUGGGUAGUGGCAAUGCUAUUCGACUCAAAUCCGAGAUUGAUAUCGAUGGCCGGGAACUAACUCGUCGCUAUCUGGAAACCGUACCGCUUGAUUCGUUAUUUGCGGAAUCAUGA